AUGUCAAAGGUAUCUGCAUACGAGUUCUAUCACACAUUAGUUCGCUUGACCGAUAACUCCGGGAUGUACGCACCUCCAGACCGCUACCAGGCUUUUCUUCGGGUCAUGCGAGAGUGGCGGCACAUUCGUGCUUUGAAACGAUUUGGGCGUGGGCACGAAUCGAGUGGUAUACAAGGCACUAAACAGGGUGAACUCGCUCUUCAUUGCCCUGCAUGCCCUCAACCAAGCAUCAACUUACCUCCAGACUGGAACAAGAAUCUAGCUCCUCGCUGGUUGUACCGCUUGUUUUUGGCUAUAGAUGCAAAUUUCCGGCUCCGUCAACUGAACGUCUCUAGCAACGAAUCCGACCUGGGCCUCAAUCUCGGAUAUGCUUACUUUGUUGAAGAAACCGCUUUUCGUAGUCACCUUGAUACAUUUGGAAAGGUCAUUCCCGAGGAAGAAAAGAUCGGAGACCUCCAGAAAGGCGAAAGAUAUCUCAAUAUGGACUAUUUCGUUUUAUCAACCUUAUCGGAUGACACGCCUCCUGAGUUGGUGAUAUCAUAUGACAUUGCAUGUCAGUGGCAUAAAAAGUUUUUCGCUCGAAUUUCCCAGUAUCCCGAAUCACUACGACCGAUGCAAUCAGAGCGGAAUAUCCUUUACCUUGUGCCAAAAUUCCAUCUGCCAGCCCACGUUUUGAAAUGCCGUGACAACUUUUCCUUCAAUUUCUCUGCUGGAGUUGGUCGCACCAACGGCGAGGCUCCUGAAUGUGGUUGGGCUGCUACCAAUGCUUUAGCAGCGAGUACCAAAGAGAUGGGUCCAGGUGCUCAUCGAGACACUUUGGAUGACCAUUUUGGAGAUUACAACUGGAGAAAAAUCAUCAUUCUAGCGGAUACGCUUUGUGAUCGGCUGAAGGAGGCGGUCAAAGCCCGUAUCGAGCAUGUCGAAGAGUUUAUAGGAUACGAGGAUGCUUUGUGGGUCGAGCAUUCAGAAUCUAAUCCCUUUGCACUGACUUUGCGCUCUGUGACUGAAAAUGCUGUGCGUCUGGAGCUCGCAAGAGAAGAAAAGAAUGUUUCUGCUGUAGAAAUUCGGCAUGAUGUUAGCCCCAGCGAGUUAAUUGCACAAGGAUUACAGCUAGAAGAGGCCCAGGUGCGACUGCAAUAUGAUAUCGAUGCCCUUGGUCCACAUUCAACAGAUCUACAACGCACCAAAGUUCAAGCCCAGGAGAACCGUAUCAGCCGCAAAAUCGAAGCAUGGAUUGAUGUGCAGAAGGUAUACAUGCCUAGGACCACACUUCUACAUGCACAGGAUGAUGAUCGCCGCAUGGUUGGAGCAGCUGUGCGGCCUUCAAAGAUUCCUCUAUAUCUCCCUUCUACCACCCUCAGGCUCAAUGCUAUUGAUGCAUUGACCCAGAGCACUAUCGUCAACAAUGAGUGGUGUCUCCGUCUUGCUCAGGCUAAUGAUGCCUUGGCUGUGCUACGUGAUCAUCUUCUUCUAAAAUCUUAUCUCACGACGUGGCGACAACACUUUUCCCGAGGACAGCGCUACGGCACUAAAGCAAAUACCUUAUUUCACUGA